GUUGAAAAUGGAGAAGCUACGCUUUUUUAUUCUCAUCUGCUGGUUCUGUACUUUGUUCAUGACAUGGAAAACGUAUGACUUUCAACUCUGGGAUUCUGUACGGGGAAGAGGCAAGUCGACAGCCAUAGCUGAGAUGGUUGCUUUCGCCCUGAUGUUGGAAAGGUGCCACUCUAGAGAAGUUCCAAACAGCCACAGCUGGGAUGGUCACUUCUGCUCUGAUGAGGGAAUACGCCGGUCAACAGCCAUUACGGAAACAGUUGCUUUCACCCUGACUGGGGAAGAGGGAAGAGAACUUAGAAAAUUCAGUUGUAAGACUGCAACAGUGCACAAGACUGAGGGAAAAGUAUGCUUCACUGAAAGUCUUGAAACUACGCAACACCAAAGAGUUUACAGACAAUAUGAGGCAGCUCAUGAGCUGCCCUUGGACAUCAAAUAUAACUCAAAAAGAACGCUACAGGGUUGAACUGUACUACAGUUGCAAUGCCACUGAGGAGCUGGUUCUGACAAAGCAAAACACUGCCCUGGGUCAGAAGAUUACUUAUGAAGCAGAGAAGGCAACCAGAGUGGUGGGAAACUCACUGCUGCAAAUGUUCCCUGAGAUUACCCCCUGGAGGACUGGAGGUCAACUUGGGCGCUGUGCAGUCGUCGGAAAUGGUGGGAUUCUGAAGAACAGCAGUUGUGGUUCCGAUAUUAAUAUGGCCGACUUUGUUAUAAGGUUGAAUCUUGCUCCCAUUAAUUUCAGCACAGAUGUAGGCGUGAAGACAAAUAUGAUGACAGCCAACCCUACCCAGAUACAAAGAGGCUACCCAAACCUGAAGAAGCAGCCCCAGCCCCUGGCAGACAAACUGUCGAGAUAUGGAAAUGCCCCCCUCAUCAUGCCUGCAUUUGCAUUUAGAUUCUGCACAGCAAUCGCCUUCAGAGUUCACCAAGCCCUCCGCCCAUUCUACCCUCAGCAGAAGGUAGUUUUCUUCAACCCUAACUACCUGCGGAAUCUGCACCGUUACUGGCGGCAGAGGGGCCAGCGGGCACCCCGUCUCUCCUCAGGGUUAAUGCUGGCGAGUGUAGCCCUGGAGCUGUGUGACGAGGUGCACCUUUAUGGGUUCUGGCCCUUUAACUUUGACCUUUCCCAGAAGCAAUUGUCCCAUCACUACUAUGACAAUGUUGGACCCCAUCGUGGGUUACAUUCCAUGCCUCAGGAGUUCCUCCAGCUACUGAACAUGCACGGUAAUGGGGCAAUAAACCUCCAUAUUGGGAAAUGCCAGUGAAUAUGCCUGCAAUCAAAUAAGUUUGUUUGGAAGUCCAAGGAUGUACAGUACAGCUGUAUAGUGCUAAACACAGACGAAGUAAUGAAAUAUAUCAUUACAGUGAAUAAUUUUCCAUUUCCUUCUGAGCUUCCUUUCCAGAUUGAGAAAGACUUUGCAAAAACGUUGGCUCAGGACUGGUAGUUCAUUGAUACACUGUAUGAACAAAUCAAUUAAAUAACCAUUAUUUUUGG